AUGUACGACUACCCCUGCGAUUUCGACAUGCUCGACGAACUCCCGGAAGCUCCUUAUGAUGGACCUCUCGACGACGAUGUAAUGGCGUCGGUCGAGAAGGUCGACGGCGAUUAUCUUUACGAUCCUAACGAACUCCUGGAAGCUCCAUUCGUUGGGCCUAUCGAUGACGGAGUAUUCGCGCCGAUCGAAGAGAACGUUGAGGAGGAUUAUCUUUGCGAUCCUAGCAUGUUCGAUGAGCUGCUGGAAGUGCCUUACAUGGAGCCUAUCGACGACUACCCAAUUGCGGAAAUUAGAGAGAAGGUCGAGAAUGAUUAUCCUUGCGAUUCUGCCAGGCUUGACGAACUCCUGGAAGCGCCUUACUUCGGGCCUAUUGACGACGAAGCAAUGGCGUCGAUUAAAGAGAAGGUCGGCAGCGAUUACCGAGAGAUCUCGCGGUGGUUUUCAGGACUAUCACACACCGUCCCUGGAGCAUGGAUGGAGAUGGUAAUCGCGAUGCCGGAAGAAGAGCUCACGGAGGACCAGAGAGAGGCAGAGGGAUUAUUCACGGAGCUUGAUGGGCGACGGAAAAGCCGGAGGCUCGCUCUUCGGGCCGCGGAGGAAAACGGAAAGGAACAUGGAUACCCCUUGGCUCAGUGGUCCCUGAAAGCAUCAGACUAUGCUCUCGCCGCCUAUGCAUCCGCUGCGCCGCAGUAGAUAGAGUCCUCCAGAUCAACGAACCCGCCGAGACCGCGCUCGUGCGCCCUCGUCGAUUCCCUAGAACGCUCUUUUGCGGGAGGACGAUUUGCGAUCAGACUUACAGCGAGAAGACCGGCCGUGGGAGUAGCAGCAAUACACGGACUGCAGCUGCUAUUGGCGGUCUUGUGGUUCCGGGCGACAACGCUGGAGCGAGGAGGUGGGUUUGUACGGCGUGCUUGGGGCCGCAGAAUGAUCCGAGGACUGGCGAGGCUGUUUAUUUUGUGGGGAUUAAUCCGCUGGCGGAGGGGGUGUGUAAGUUUUGCCGUUUGUUUGCGCCGCAAGGGCCGCGGGGUGUGAGAGAGGAGGGUUGGGAAAUUGUUUAGAGCGAGUGGAGGGG